AUGCUGACAUUCACCGACGUCACAUGGCUGGACCUAUGUUUUGCUAGUGCCGGAAUGUAUCUGGUCAAGCAGGCAUAUCCCCCUGGACCUUCGGGGUGGCCUCUUAUUGGGAACGUCUCGCGCAUACCUCGCAUCAAGUCCUGGCUCACCUUUGCAGAGUGGAGCAAGAAGUAUGGCGACAUCUCACAUGUCGAGGUUCUGGGUCAGCACAUCAUUGUGCUAAAUUCAGUCAAGAGUGCCGUGGACAUGUUGGACAAGAAAGGCACUGUGUACUCUGACCGUCCUGUUCUGCCUAUGGGUGGCGAACUUCACCGCUGGCGCCAUCAUUCUGCGAAUCUCUCAUGGUUACGAGGUGAAGGAGAAACGAACGAUCCAUUUAUCGACCUUGCAAACCGCGCUAUGGACCAAUUCUCGCGGUCCACUGCUCCCGGCGCCUUCAUGGUUGACAUCAUGCCAUUCUUGGCCAACGUCCCCGAGUGGUUCCCUGGUGCUGGCUUCAAGCGCUUGGCCCGUGAAUGGUCCAAGACUCGCGAGAAUAUGGCUGCCAUACCCUACAAGUUCGUUAAGGAUCAGAUGACGCUAUUUUUGGUCUUGAUCGUCUUCCCUCCUUCGCAAAGUCACGACUCCCUCUCUUAUACUGAGGCGCUUGUGAAAGAAAUACAUCGCUGGAAUGUUGUCAGCCCUACCGCCAUCCCCCAUCGCGUCACCGACGACGAUAUCCAUGACGGGUACUACAUCCCAAAAGGUUCCUUGACAGAUUCAUGCUCAAUUUCUCGCGGACGUAUGCUAACCCCUCGCAAGACCUGCUUUAGUUUUGGUAGACGUAUCUGCCCCGGUCUCCACCUCGCUGAAGCCUCCGUUUGGAUAUCCACCGCGAUCUCACUCGCAGUGUUUGAUAUCUCCAAGGUCGUCGAGAAGGGUGUUGAGGUCACCCCUGAAGUUGACCAUACAUCAGGCACGGUCAGCCAUCCCAAACCCUUCGAGUGCUCUAUUAAGCCUCGCACCAAAAAGCCAUUGCGCUCAUUCAGCAGGAUGCUAACUAUUAAGGUCGCAGAGAUGAUUCUCGUUAUCUAA